UGGCUGGGGGCAUCGCAUUUCACAUCUGCAGAAAGCAGAUGUUGCGCUUUUGGGAGCUGGCGCUGCGUUUCCGCGCUGUCAUUGUUUCCGUUUCCACCUCCGAGAAGCGCUCACGCCUCCACAUCUUUUUUUUGUUUUGCCUUAAAACCGCUACUUUACGAGUAGUUUGAAUCGUCACAACUUUGUGGAGACUUAAUACUAUUUUCCCCUCCUCUCCAACAAUGGGGGACAUCGAGGCUCCCGACUCAAAUCGGGCGCGCCAGACUGUCCUGCUUUCUGUUCUUCCGAGCAAAGAGUUCGCCACCUCCAGGAAAGGAAUGCUGCUUAUUGCUGAAGUGGCUCUGUCCUUCAUAUCAUUUGUGUGCUUCGCAGCGUCCACAGCGGCGGCCUUCGUGACAGUUCCAGUGCUGGAGUUCCUGGUUGCUCUCUUCUUGUUGUUUGCUUACUCCACCAAAUUCAAUGAGAGGUUUAAAGGCUUCCUCUGGCCUCUUAUGGAUUUCAUGAGAUGUGUGACUGCCUCCAUUAUCUUUUUCAUCAUCUCCAUAAUGGCAGUGUCCAAAUACGCGGACGGUUCCUCAAAGGCUGCUGGGAUAUUUGGAUUUAUUGCCACCAUCGUUUUUGCUUUAGAUUUUUAUCUCAUUUUCAAUGAGCUGGCCGGUUUCCUAAAGCAAGGAGGAGAAUCCAACGACGAACCGUCAAGACAGCAAGAUGAUUCUUCAGACUCUGACUCAGAUUGAAACCACAGGGAUCUGAACCAGCAGAUAUGUUUGAUCAGACAAACUAGAGCGUUGUGGGAGAACCGACGACUGCUGAGCUGCCAUCUGCAAAGACCUGCAAAUGCUUCUUUGCUCCAUAAGAUUACAUUAAUACUGCGUCCAAAUUACAUGAAGUUUACAAAAUAAUACAAAAUCUGUUCCUUUUCAUGCCCAAACCCAUAUCCAGUUUCCUAAAUGAUUUGGGGGAAAAAUGUAAAUGCCACUAUCAAAGUGAUACUUUGAUAAAACUGUGAAAUUCUUCUGUUUUGUUACUCUGAGUGUUUGUACGAAAUGUGGGCAAAACAUCAGGCAUAAGCCUGAUGAAAUAAUGAAUAAUAUGAACUUUUGGGAAUUUGUUGUGACCCUGUUUAAAGACAUGUCAAACUAAAACACAAAAUUAUUCGCCUCAGAUGUACUAGUAACGAAGUCGUGUUGUAGCAAAAAUGUUCCAACUCUUUAUACAUGCAAGUGCGAAAUUCAAAAUACAGAGACAGGAGGCCUACGUAAGCAGGGCAUCAUCAUUAUAAACUCACAGUAAUACUGUAGAAAAACAGUAUAUGGAAAAGUGGUUGGCUGGUUACAACCUCUGUCCACUUGUCUUAACUCUACGUGAGUGUACUUCACUUUUGAAGAUGUUUGCUUGCAUUCUGUUUCAUUUGACCUUUGUUACGUGUUGUACUGCACAAUUUUUCAGGGCUGUGACAUUGUUUAUACAUCCUAAAUGAGUUUGGAUGAGAUCACGAUUUUAAGCAACAGAAAACAUGCACAUUUUUUAAACAUACUCCAGUAACCCAAAGCUUUAGACUCUUUUGCUUCAGAUUAUCCUUCAUACUACCUGUUUAUGUGCAUAACAAAGCAUUAAAGCCACUUAGUGUAGUAUCACUUUGAGAUGUUCUAAAUAUCACAUAUGAAUAUCAUUCUGCUUUAGAAAACAAUCUAGUCUGUGAUGAGCAUGUUUUUUUUAAUCAGUUUCUGUAUGUAUGUUUGAUCCUUCUGUUCAUCCACUUCCGCUACUGAGAAAUUAGGCGCAGUAGAAUGCCACAGUGACUGUUUAAGUGUUUUAUAUGACGCUACAUGAGUGUUAAAUGACAACAGAUGACUGAAAAUUUGGAAUUAGCAGCCUUUAAUUCCCAUGUUGAAUUUCAAUUAAUAGUUAAGAGCAGAUGAGGAAAUUCUGAUGGUGGGUUUCAUGCAUAAUUAGGUUUUAAAACUGAGACUAAACGAUAAGAAAAGCACCGAGAUCGAUUCUUGAUCGAAGCUAUCUGUGCACACAACUGUAAUGCAAAGAUCUAAAAGAAGCUUGAGCUCUUUACCACAAGAAGCAAGAGAAAAUUCAGUUUACUUGAGACGUAUGUGGCUUCCACUGGUUAGCAACUAAAUCCCAUAACUCACACAGUGAUGAUGAUGAACACAGUGCUGUUUUAUAAAUGAGAGCCUUCGCUGAACUUUUGUAGAUGAAAUGUUACGUGUUUUUUUACUGUUUUGCCAGAAACAUGUCUGAAUAAAAACCUGAGUUAUUUUCA